AUGGAUUUUAUCCCACGAGAUCAGCCAAAAGAUGCUGAUGAGAAACAUCACUCAGCGACUUUUUCAUCUGUCAUGGAUGUGCCAUCAUUGUCUCCCUCAAAGGAAAUGCCGAUGUCUCCAUUCCAGUUGUCCUUGACACCACUAUCUAUGUCGAUAGGAGAACUGAUUGAAACUGAGAAGUAUUUGAGAAAUAUUCUUGUCAAAUAUGGAGAGGUCGAUCUUAUCAACAUCCUCAAAAAGUAUGGAAUUAAAGCUGAGAAAGAAGACAUCACGUUCCCUCCAUCACUGAUUUCAAUCAGUUCUCGGAGAUCAUCCAGCAUCGAAUUGAAAAACGACAACCCGAAAGAUUGGAAAACUAUGUAUAACCAAAUGGUCAAACUUCGAGAAGUCAAAGAAAAAUCUAUCGGAACGCAAAUCGAUGUGGAGGGAGCCAAAAAACAAUUCGAGAAGUCGUCGAACAUUUUCCAGAAAGGAUUGCGUUUCGCUGGUGUAAAGAAGUUGAACGUUUCUCCGCCGUUGUCUGCACAGCCAGUUUUCAUUGGAUCCAGUGUUGAAACGGUCGAAUAUCAGGUUGAACGUGAGGCUGAGAAAAACGAAACGAAAAAAAGAUUUUGGGCAAGCGUUUUCGGAAAAAUCAAAAAGUAG